AUGCAGCGGUUCCGCUCUGGUGGCGGAGCUAGAGGUGGUGGAGGCACUGUGACUGGAGGUACUGGUGCUGGAGGCACUGGAUCUGUAGGUCCUAGUGCUGGUGGUGCUGGUGCUGGAGGCGCUGGUGCUGGCGGUGCCGAUGCUGGAGGUGGAGGUACUGGUGCUGGAGGCGCUGCAUGUGGAGGUAAUCGUGCUAGAGGCACUGGAGCUGGAGGUGCUGGAGCUGGAGGCGCUAGAACUGGAGGUACUGGCGCUGGAGGUGCUGGAGGCGCUGGAUCUGUAGGUCCUGGUGCUGGAGCUAUUGGAGCUGGCGGUGCUAGAGGCACUGGAGCUAAAGGUACUGGUGCUGGAGGUACUGGAGCUGGAGGUGCUGGAGGUGCUGGUGCUGGAGUCUAA